CGGAGAAUUUGGGCGGGCUUUGGGAACUCGGUUCAUUUCAGUUUUCAGCUCCGUCUACUUCUAUUCUUCCCAUCAGCCGUCGUGGUCUCGAAACUCAAUUCCGAUCACGAUUCACCAGAGGAGAGCUAAAUCCAACCGCUCCAAAAUCUCGCAUUCAAAAACCCAAACUAGAAAACGCAAACUCGUCCGUUCCCGGAGCGCGCAAAAAUGUCGGGCUUCUCCUUCUCCUCGUCGUCUUCGAUGUCCUCUCCGUCCUCUUCGUCCUUCGCAUUCGGCUCCUCCGCUGCCCCCUUCGGAUCCACCACCACUUCCUCCUCCUCCACCGCCGCCCCUGGCUUCCCCUUCGGCUCAUCUCCUUUCUCCUCCUCCUCCGUCGCUAACCCUAGCUCCUCCGCUCCGGCUGCAUCUCCGUUCUCCUUCGGCCUCACUGCUGCCUCGGCCGCCGUUAACCCUAGCCCCGCCCCUUCCACCUCUCCCUUCGGCUUCUCGAAUUCUUCCUCCGUGGCUCCAGCUCCGGCUACUUCUGGCCCUUCCUUUGGAUUCGGGUUGGCGACUCCCACUUCUUCUUCUGCCGCUCCUUCCUUCUCGUUUCCCUUCGCCUCAGCCACAUCCUCCGCCGCCCCCGCCACAGCCACCGCUCCGUCUAUCUUUGGCUCAGGUGCUACCUCUUCGCCAUCCCCUUUCUCAACAGCUUCUUCAGCCGCAAUUUCAGGAUCCUCACAGUUUGGUUCAGCCUCUUCCGCCCUCGGUACCGCUUCAACCUUUUUCGCCGCAGCUUCUGCUUCCGCGACUCCAUCGUCACCGUUUAGCGCGGCUUCAUCUGCGCCUGCAAGUUCCCUUGCCCUGCCCUUGUUUGGUGCUGGUGCGACUUCGUCUGCCCCAGUAUUUGGAGCAGCUGCAUCAGCUGGUCCCCCAUUUGGGGCAGCUCCCGCAGCAUCAAGUUCUGCUUCGCCUCUAUUUGGGGCAGCUUCCGCAGCAUCAAGUUCUGCUUCGCCUCCCUUUGGGGCAGGCUCGGCUGCAGCAAGUAGUGCCCCAUCUUUGUUCGCGGCAGCUACCUCAAUACCGUCUCCGUUUUCGGCUCCCUCUUCCGCCGCAGCAAGUUCAGCUUCACCUCAAAUUGGAGGACUAUCAGCGGCCACUGCUGCUUCCCCCCUACUUGGAUCGUCUACUACUUCAGCCACCAACACCAAUACUAGCUUGUUUGGCUCGUCUACUCCAGCUACUGCUACCGGCUUCUCUGCUGCGUUUUCCUUCACAAAGAGCACUCCAGUCUCUACAGCCGCUGCAACUCCAACUCCACCUGCAACUAAAGCAUCAUCUGAAAGCAGUUCAAGUUUCUCGUUCGGGACACCAGCUGCUGCAUCUUCUUCACAACCUUCUUUUGGGUUUGGCAAUGCGGCUUCAACUUCUCAAGUUUUCUCCACCACAACCACUGCCAAACCUACAUUUUCCUCUCCAUUGUUCUCCACAAUCACAACGACCACUGCAUCAACCACCGUAGGUGGCACGGCCGUGAGCUCAGCCACUGCAGCUUCAGUGCCAUCUCUAUCUACCAGUAGCAGUAUUCCAUCUUCUUCGGCAGCUGCUGCUACUUCUGGGAUUACUCCAUCAACUGGAUUUGGAGUUUCCAGCACAGGGGCGUCGUCUGGGACUACUAGCCCCUUCACUGCAUUUUCUCUGCCAGGUGUCUCUACUUCAUCUUCAACAGCCGUAACAACUCCCAGCUCGACAACCACAACUGCCCCUACACAAUUGGCCCUUGUGCACUCCAGCAGUGGGAAUAAUCUUUUCUUAAACUUUCUUUAUGGUGUGGAGAUAUAUACGGUCAUGGUUUUCGUCUCACAUCGUGGUUGUCUGUAGGACCAGUACCAGUGCUGCCACUACUGUAACAGCUACACCAAAGUUGCCUUCUGAGAUUACUGGAAAAACUGUUGAGGAGAUCAUCAAAGAGUGGAAUUCAGAGCUACAAGAGCGCACUGGAAAAUUUCGGAAGCAAGCCACUGCGAUAGCUGAGUGGGAUAAAAGGAUCUUGCAAAACCGUGAUGCUCUUCUGAGGCUCGAGAUUGAAGUGGCAAAAGUGGUCGAGACUCAAGCCAGCUUGGAAAGACAAUUAGAGUUAAUUGAGACUCAUCAACAAGAGGUUGACAAGGCCUUGCAGAGCAUUGAAGAUGAAACUGAGCGUAUAUACAAGGACGAGCGCGGACUGCUUCUCAGUGAUGAAGCUGCUUCUACAAGAGACGCAAUGUACGAGCAAGCUGAGGUUGUAGAGAGGGAGUUGGAGCAGAUGACAGAACAGAUCAAGUCGGUUAUAGAGCACCUAAAUGCUAACCAGGGUGGGGAGCUUGAUCCGAUUGAUGGGAUGACUCCAUUGGAUGUUGUUGUUCGCAUCUUGAACAAUCAAUUAAGUUCUUUAAUGUGGAUUGACGAGAAGGCAGAAGAGUUCUCUUCGCGUAUCCAAAGCAUUGCUUCACAAGGUGGUUCCGGAGCAGAUCGUGAACCAGUGGGUCCCAGGUUGUGGUUAUCUUAAGACUUCUGACUCGAGUAUCUUCUUCACAUCGCCCGUCAUCUCCAUGCUAGCCUUGCUGUCAUUUUCCACCCUGAACCAGUGCAAGAUGUCUUCUUUUAGGCGGGAUGGACCAUGUAAUAGUAUCAGGACAGCCUGAGCUCAUUUCUUGUUAUUGUUUCUCUUUUGGCAAUCAGUUUUUUUCAGUGACUGAAGAGAUUAUGAAUGCGCAAGUGGGGUGGGGUGGGUGGGUCAGACACAUGAAUUCAAUGGAAGGAAGAGUGUUGGCUGUGUGAGGCAGAUUCCGUUCCGCUUGAUCUCACCGGUACUGGUACAAAGAUAUUGGACUUGAGGACUAUGUAAUCACAAUCUGCAUUGUGCCGUUUAUGGGUACGACAGUUUGUUGUUACACUUCUUGCAAUAGAGCUGAGAAAAACAGAGUCUAGUUUUGUCUAGCUCGGACUUGGCUUCUUAACGAGCUAUGGCUUGUUAAAAAUGGCUCCUUUAUUAAUGUGUUGAGUUCGAGUUCUACUCGUUAACUAAAA